AUGGCGUCACAAGAUUCACAACAAGAUUCAAGUAGUCAAGCAAAACGGAAAUUGAAAUUACGUAAAUCAACAACAAUGGCAAGCAGCCAUACAACCAUUCAGACUAACAGUGCAAUCCAUCUAACAACAACGCCAACCAACCACGCAGCCAUUCAACCUAACAGUAUAAUCCAUCCAACAACAACAACGCCAAGCAGUGAUACAGUCAUUCAGCCAAACAGUGCAAUCCAUCCAACAACAACGCCAAGCAGUAAUAUUGUUAUCCAGCCUAGCAGUGCAACAACAGCGCCUACAGUUAAUCCUAUCCAAGCCGUAGAAGCGAGUAGUAGUGGCCGUGUCUGCCCUGUUUGUCUUGAGAUGAUCAGUCUUGGUCAAGAGGAUGGAAUGGAAUUAUUCAACCUUCAUGUUAAUCAAUGUUUAGAUCAUCAUCGUUCUAGUCAAAUGUCAUCAUCAGGGAAGAAGACAGCUGAUACUUGUGAUGCGGAUUCAAUAGUUGCAGCUCAAAUUUUGCAGGAUGAAAAAGAAAACGAAGAAAAAUCCAUGCAGAUAUUAUCGGAAUUUUGCCCCGUUUGUGGCCGCUUGUUAUGUAACUUAUCCAUGGAAGCAAAGCAGAGACAUGUUGAUCAAUGUUGUCAAAGUCAAACCAAUAAACAAGAAAAACCACUAGCACCGGCUGCAACCAAGUCGAUAGCUUGUCCAGUUUGCGGCAAAGAUUUAUCCCGGAUUAAAAAUCAUUUGAUACAUAUCAAACGCUGUGGCCAGGCUCAUGGUAUAACAACGGAACAGCUAAUUCGAUGUUGCCAGCAAAAAGGAUUCACAGAUCUUGGACAAAAUCUGAAUGAACCUAAAGCUAAACCUGCAAAGAGAAAAACUUUAUCAAAAGUCGAUGAGGAAACGCAAUUAGCACUUGCUAUGUCAGCCUCCAUGCAUGAUAAAAGUAAACGAGAAAAGGACAACACGUUUGCUUUACCCGGUGAUUUAACUUCAGUAGGCAACAAGAAGAGGAGAAAGAAAGGAUUUAAAGAGAUGCCUCAGCUAUUGCUUUGCAGUGAAGAGGAAGCAAAAGAAAAUAUUGCUCGCAAUGCUUGUCGGUUACUUCAAGAGAACGAAGAAAAUGAUAUUCAAUUAACUCAAAGCAUGAGUAGUAGCAAAUUGUCUAAUCUCUACACGAAACCCCAAGAGAGCAUACCCUCUCCCGAUAAGCCAAAGUGGACUCCAGAAGUAUCAUCGACUAGCACUACUACUACAACAUGCCCAACCUCCAGUAUAUGGUCCCUCAGUGCAAAUUUAACACCCAAUAAGAAUGUGGAUAAUUUUUAUGUCAAUCAAUUGCUGCCAGAUCAGAAAAGUAUCAGUCAAACUAGUAAAUCAAAACUUCAAUCGACCCACCUGAAAAAUGAACCAUCAAUUCCUGAUGUUAAGAACGAAAAUAAUGAACCGAAUGCUAUAUUAACAGAUAUACGUAGCCAGUUACUGCAAGAUUUUACGUUGAUGUUAAGAAAUGAUAAUUUUUGUGAUGUUACGAUUGUAACCAAAGAUGAAGAAAAAGUUAUGGCUCAUGCGUGUAUCCUUGCGGCAAGAUCGCCGUACUUAUAUAAAGAAUUUCAUAGCUAUGGAAACGACUGUAAAUAUGAAGUGAUAUUGAAUGAUUUUUCUGCUGCAGUUGUUAAAGCUCUCUUGUUAUAUAUGUAUACUGGCAGCGUUAAUUUUACAUCGGAAAUUUUGAUCGAUGUCGCUAAAUUAAGCAAAAAAUUAAAAUUAAGGCAUUUAUGUCGUUAUGUAAAGUCAUUAUUUGAUAGCAGUAGCAACGUCAUCGAUAAUACAAAAGAAACGACUGUUAAUCAAGAAAUGAACGAUAAUAAUUCAUCUCAGUCAAUAGCUGACGAAGAUAUAUCUUUAGAUAUUAUUGAUUUAACACAAAUAACCCCUCACAAGCCAGUAACAACAGAAUCGACAGAUUCAUCCUGUGUUGGCCACUUGAUGGAGCAAUCACAGCGGAAAGAAUCAAAUUCCCAUCUGAGCCAGGAAGAAGUAUUAGUCGUGUCGAGUAAAAGUGACCACGAAGAUAGUAUAGCAAUAUCUGAUGAUAUUUUAGUCCUCAGUCAAGACAAUUUAAGGAAAAUUGCAGAUGGAAGCCCCCAGUCCAUGCACGAGAACCCUGCCGAAAAUUCAGACGAUAACGAAGAUUUCCAGUUUAUUGAUGAUGGAGGAUACAACGCAGAUUUAGAUUUCUUUUUACUGCGCGAUGAGUCUCCAACUGUAGUGGAAGAUCCCAAAGCCGACAUAGAUCAUUUCUCUGCUAGUCAGGACCGUAAUCUGGAAUUUGAAACUAGUCUAUCAGCAACCUUAACCGCGAAGGGAUCUCCCCAUUAUCCUAGUAGCAAUACUACUAAUCAACGACUUGUUACUGAUUAUUCGACUCCUGAACUAAAGAAUCAACUACAAAAAUACGGUGUGAAACCUUUACCGAAAAGGCAAAUGAUUGCCAAACUCGAACAAAUCAAUCAAUAUUUGAAUGAUGCCGCAACUCAAUCGGAUAAAAGCGACUGUGAUGCUAACAGUCAAAAUUCAGCCAGCUAUGGGAGUUGCAAGAGUUCAUUAGUUGCAGAUGAUGAUGAAAAUAGUGAAACUGAUGAUAUACUAUCAACACAAGAAAUUCGUGAAAGUAACAUUGCCGACCGAAUUUCUGAUUUUAUCAAGUCAAAUCGAGCUGUGUAUAUGUCUGUACUAAAAUACGAGCCCUUAGAAUUGCGCGAUUUACAUCGUCUUUUAAAGGCGUCUUCUAUCAAGUGUCCAAGGCAAAAACUUCCAGCCAUUCUGGAUCAAUUGGGUGUCAUGUUCUCAAUGCAACGUAAUACGGCUACUGGCAAUAAGAAAGAUAAUAACCUUUCAUCUAAAGAAAGUGAAGGAUAG